CGGCGGCUUUGCGGCGAUCCGGGCCGGGGUGGAGGGAGGAAGGAAACGGGGCUCGGGCGGGCGGCCGGCCUUUCGCGCACUUCGUCGUUUGCGGCCGAGCGAGUGGCCCAAUCGUUCGAUUGAUAGAGGGAGGGAGAGAAGCGGUGUCUCCACUAAAACACAGGAACUAUGGAUGACAACCUGGAUUUCACAACUGGAGAUGCUGGGGCAUCUACCACCUAUCCUAUGCAGUGCUCUUCUUUGCGCAAGAAUGGGUAUGUGCUUCUGAAAGGGCGCCCUUGCAAGAUUGUUGAAAUGUCAACAUCUAAGACUGGCAAGCAUGGGCAUGCUAAGGUUCAUAUGGUUGGCCUUGAUAUAUUCACUUCAAGGAAGUAUGAAGAUAUCUGCCCUUCUACCCAUAAUAUGGAUGUCCCUAAUGUCAAGAGAAAUGAUUAUCAGUUGAUUGGAAUUACUGAUGGCUAUCUUUCACUGAUGACGGAUAGUGGUGAAAUUCGUGAGGAUCUUAAACUGGCAGAAGGCGAUCUGGGCAAAGAAAUCUUACAGAGAUUUGAGGCUGGAGAAGAUCUAAUGGUCACAGUUCAACAAGCCAUGAGAGAGGAGGCUGCCGUUGCCAUCAAGCCAAUGGCCAAACAGUAAAUGGGAAAUCAGCAGCCAGUACUGACCACUCAGGCCAAACUCUUGGGAUCUAAAUUGGAUUAAUUAUCGCCAAAGUAAUGGCCUUCACAACACGACCUCAUCUCCUUCAAAUUAUUUUCCCAAUGAUGCCGGACGGACAUGACCUUAUUGCCCAGCCAGCUUCCCAGUGUUCACUGCGGGCCGAUCGGCACUGUACUAAAUCACGGCUCUUGGUGCUCCCAAAUAAAAGCUUGAUGUAACGUUUACUGGAGUUGGUCCUCUUUGUUAGUAGAGCUGACCUGUAGAAUGAAUCAGACAGCCACUUGCCCUGUGAUUCUCUGCCAAUCUGCCUUGCUUUGAGGGUUUCUGUACCACAGGUUGAGCAGCUAACAGCAACCAAGAUGUAUUACCUCGGUUAUAAUCCCAGCGCUUCUUGAAUUUUUUAUUUAGGCUGCUCAUCCUGUAAAUUUCCAUUCAAUGCUGGCGCUUGUCCUGCCUCGGUGUUCCGAUUGUUUUAUAUACAGGCGUUUUAAGAAUGCUGAUAUGAUUCUGGAGAGCAGGGGGUUGGGUGGGGAUGCCAUGCUGUGAAAUCUCACUCGAGGCCUUUGUCACCCAGACUGCAAUCACAAAUAUAAUUAAAAAAUAACUAUUUGGUUGCUUAUUUUAUUGUAUUUAUCAUGCGAUGAUAUUAAAAUGAGUGAAGCAUUUUGCUGGAA